UUUUAUUUUCAGUCCCCGGCGAAAUCUGCAAAUCAUCAUGGCACCUCCCUCGUCGCCUACGGACCACCACAUCGUGGCCCUGCAGGGCGAUUUUAUCAGAAUCCCCAAGUUCGAAUUGCCCGCUCCUUAUACUCACACCACAACAAUCUACGGACAGACAUCGCUCUCCGAACUCCACGAACGGAUACACGAUGCCUCUAUCUUAGUUCUAUCGGCGCUGCGAAUUGAUGCAGAGGCGCUAUCUCCCGAGGUGACCCCGUAUCUGAAAUUGAUCGUGAUAGUUGCUGCAGGCAGCGACUGCGUGGAUCUCGAAGCGUGCAGAAAGAGGGGCAUUACUGUGAGCAACUGUCCUGCAGCAAACACCGAAGCUGUCUCCGAGCAUGCAAUUGGACUUUACUUUUCUGUACGCCGCAGAGUGAUGCGCGCGCACACAUUGACCCGCGCGGGCGAAUGGACCCGGAAAAAGACCCUCGUCUUCGAUUGUGUAAAUCACGAUGGAACGCAACCCCUGACCUGCCAGGAGGAGGUGGCCGGAAUUAUCGGAAAUGGCGCUGUCGGAAAGCGGAUCGCCCAAUUAGCCCGUGGGCUGGGAAUGAAGGUUAUUAUCGCAGGGCGCAAAGCACUUGCUGAUGCGAGCACACCGAACCACGCAGACGACAAUGUGGAGAGGGUUUCUUUCGACGAGGUGAUUAGGCAGAGCACGGUGAUUUUCAUUGCAGUUCCCCUUACUCCUUCGACGCGGAAUCUGCUAUCGACGGCUGAAUUUGAAGCCAUGUCGCCCCAUGCGGUUUUGGUCAAUGUCUCGAGGGGAGGAGUGAUGGAUGAAGUGGCACUUGUCCGAGCAUUGCAGGAGAACCGCAUCACCGGUGCUGCAACCGAUGUGUUUGAGAAGGAACCUGCUGGGCUGGAGAACAGUGCUCUGCUGGCUGAAGGCACUGAGGAUCUGAACCUGGUUCUGACACCUCAUAUUGCAUGGGCCACACAGAAGACGUUGAUCAACUAUGAGCAGAAAUUGAAGGAGACGGUGGAGAGGUGGAUGGUGGGGGAAUUCAUGAACGUAGUGACAUGA